GGCCGUAAGUAAGUUUGUACGUGCCAGCCACCAUAUUUGCGACGCUGUGCGUUCCCCUCACAUGGGCGCAAAAACAUCACGGCAGGACAUGGCCAGUUUCACCGGUCCUAGUUUCUCGGUCCUGACCUAUAACAUCAAUGAUAACUGCGUCAGCGACCGGCACCCUAGCGACUGGUCGAUGAGGAAGCAGCAUGAACAGCUCGCACGCCUCAUACUCCAGCACCAGCCAGACCUGCUAUGCUUGCAAGAGUGCUUCUCUGGAAUUCCAGCGAACGACACUCUGAAGGGGGCGUAUGAGUUCUGCGCCCUGGCCGUGCCCUCGCACCGCGGCGACUGCAUGAUCGCGAGGCGGAGGGACAGCCCGCUGGAGCUCCUGCCUCAGCCGCCGCCCGCCGCCGUGGGUCCCUGCCUGCUGCUGCGGCUGCGGCUGGGCGGCCAGGAGCUCACCGCCGCCUGCGCCCACCUGGCGCCCUUCGCGGAGAAUGCGCCCAAGCGAAUGCAGCAGAUUGCCCGCAUCGUGGCCGCCGCCCCCUCCGAGCUGCCGCUGCUGCUGGCUGGCGACAUGAACAUGCGCGAGAAGGAGACGCCGGCGGCGGGGGAGGUGGGGCUGAUGGACGCAUGGGUGGAGGCCGGAUCGCCGCCAGGCCAGCGCUGGACGUGGGACACACGCACCAACAAGUACUAUGACGGCGGGCAUGAGUACACAGCGAGGUACGACCGCAUCCUGUACCGUGGCUGCCACGUGGGUGGCCUGCGUGUCACCGGCAACACGCCCGCCUCCGACGACCCCCACCACUUCCUGUCAGACCACUUCGCACUGCUCGCCACAGUCACCCUGCCCGCGCCGCAGCCACAGCAGUAGCAGGCGCAGGGGCAGCGCAGGGGCAGGCGGGGGCGCAGCGGGUGCAGGGGCAGGCGCAGGCGGGGGCGGAGGAUGCAUAAGGCAGCGGCAGCAAUGGUGAUGGGGAAUAAUAUCCAGGCAUGAGCGGCUAGAGGACAGCGGUGUGAAGAUGAGGGGGGGGGCGUCAUGGGGACGGCGGAGGCACGGCACCAUGGACUGGAUGACGCAGGCAGAGAGCGUGUGUGGUGGGGCAAUGCUGACUAAACGGUGAGAAAUGUUCGACUGAUGGGUUGACGGAACCUUGAUUAUACUGCAAUUGCCAUCAGCUUUUGAAAGCAAUAAUGACAACCACUGCAAUCGUGUGGGCGUGUCGCCUGAUUGGGGCACGCGGGCUUGUGGGCUGCUGAAAGGUCACUCGACGACGUGGAUGCAUGGAAAGGGUUGUGUGCGCUGGGGAACUUUGGACGUGGAUGCAUUGCAGGCAGGUUUUGGCGGGGCUUACUGCAAGGCCGGCAAUGUGUGCUGGCACUGUUGAGGCUGCCAUCGUAGAAUGUGGAGAAAGUCUUUUCCUUAGCUUGCUGGCUGGAUGACAGCUGGCUGGGCCAUGUACAGCGGUUGCCCAAUCAUACCGUAUUCUAGCUAGGAACAUGGACACGCACUCAUUGAGUUGCUCGUGUUGGCGGGCACUCGAGCAAAUUGCUGAUGGGGGAUGUAACCCCCCCCCCGU